GAAAAAUAGAUGGGUCGCUGUAAGUGGAGAAAAUAAGGAGGAGGUGGGGAUAGGCUUAGCCAGUAUGACCUCACUGAUGUAUGUUUGUGGAAGCUAAGCUCCCAAAAUCAUCUUCUUCUUCUUCUUCUCGAAUGGCUGCUGCAGCUGUUUUAUCUCUUUCUCUACCUAAGCUUAAUGUAAUUAAAGCUUGUUCAGGCAGCACUACCACUUUUACUCACGAGAUUCUUGAAGAGAAAUUUGGUCGUAAAGGAAUCAAAUUUACAGAUGCAGGGACAGUUGAGCUGACUGUUAGAAAUGGAAGUUCAGUGAAGCUACAAAUACCCAAUGCACACAUCACUUCUUACAAGCCUAAAGUUUAUUGGAAAGAUGAUGGCUUUGAGGAACUUCUUUACACCCUUCCUAAUUCCAGAGGUGGCAUUGCUUUGGUAAUCAAUGAAAUCUUGGACCCUAAACCACCCAUACCAAAGACAACACCUUGGACUGUCACAGAUGUUGAUUCUGACUCUAUUGAUACUCUCCAGGUUGAAUUGAGCUGCAGCCGAGGGACUCUAGAUAUUAACUAUGUGGUCUCACUCUAUCCAUUGAGUAUGGCAACAGCAGUUAUAGUGAAGAACAAUGGCCGAAAGCCUGUCAAGUUAAUGACUGCUAUACUAAGCCAUUUGAUGUCUAAGACAAGAGGGGGCACAGGAAUACAAGGACUCCGCAGCUGCACUUAUUGCACACAUCCUCCUUUGUCUUCUCCCUUUGAAAUUUUAUCUCCAGGGGAAGCUAUGAAAACUGAGGAACCUGGUAUCUUCUCUUUUGGUUGGGAACCGGAGAACAAGCCUGGCAUAUGGUCCACUCAAGAUGUGCCCAUUACCGUCCUCAAGCACAAGCUCAGUAGACUUUACACUGUUCCACCACAAGAAAAAGCGAAGGAAUUUUAUAAUUCAAUACCUUCAAAAUAUGAAACAAUUGAUCAGGGUCGUGAGCUCUUUUUCAGGAUAAUACGUAUGGGCUUUGAAGAUAUUUAUGUAUCAAGUCCAGGUUCAUUUGCAGAAAAGUAUGGGAAGGAUUACUUUAUCUGCACAGGCCCUGCGUCAAUGUUGGUUCCUCUUGUUGUGAAUCCUGGUGAAGAGUGGAGAGGAGCACAAGUUAUUGAGCAUGACAAUUUAUGAUUUUCUCAUCUAGAACUUUUUUUAAUGUAUAUCUUUAUUUUACAAGCUUUCUGUCUCUCCUGAAUUCUUUGUCAAGAAACAGCAAUGCCAAAUAUACUUGGUUAUUUCUCGAGAAAAA